AUGUCAAAAAUCGUAAUGAAAAGUGUUGGCCACGGAGGUGUACAGAUUUGGGAUGCCUGUGGUAAAUUGUUCUGCAGCACUUCUCUGAACGGCGCUGUAGGAACAGAAACCUCGGAAAAUGGCUCAGAACUGAAUUCUGAGAAAGAAGGUGAUGUUGUCUCAGACACUGAUGAUAGUAUUUCUGAAAGGAAGAGAUCUAAGUACAUCACAGGAACCAACACUUUCAUGCAACGAGACAAAGAGGCAAGAUACAGUCUGUUUUCUAUGAACAAGUUCCAUUAUUUGAAUGUGCCCAGAGUUGGAAUAUUUUUGGUUUACAACGAUUUUGAAUGUGCCUUUAAAUGCCUUCAACAUCCUUCAUGUUUCUCUGUGAACCUUGCUACUAAAGGGAAACUAUGGUGCGAGUUACUGUCAUCUGAUAAGUACAGCGACCCCAAGGAAUUCAGACAAGACAAAAGUUGGCAUUACUUUUACAUUGUGAACACUUCAACUGAAAAUCAUUGCAAGAACAAAGACCCCUAUCAAAAUGAUGAUACCCACACAGCUAACUGUUCUCUGUAUCCUGCUGCAUUUGUGGGUUUGAGGAACUCAACAGACAUUGAUGAGUGUGUCGAAGGUUCACACAACUGCAGUCCUAAUGCCUUUUGCAACAAAACCAAGGAGUCGCACAACUGUGCAUGUAAACCUGGAUAUAUUGGGAAUGGGCGAGAGUGCAAAGGGGUUACAUCGUGUAACGAGAUCCAUGAAAAUGGCAUCGCCGAUAUUAGUAGUGUGGUUACCCUUCUUGUUGACUCUAAACCAGUCUCUGUUCUCUGUCACAUGGGUGAUUUUGGAUGUGGAGAUGGUGGAUGGACGCCGGUUUUGAAGAUUGACGGCCGUAAGGCAACCUUUCGUUAUAGUUCCACUUACUGGAGUGAUUAUGAGGAAUUCAACCAAGUAGGAGGCAAGACUGGUUUUGACGAGCAGGAAUCAAAGCUACCUACCUACUGGAACACUUCUUUCACCAAGAUCUGUCUCGGUAUGAAGAUCGAACAACAGCUCAGGUUCACUGUCAUCAACAAAAAGGGUGACUCUCUGCACUCUCUCAUUGCUGACGGAGAAUUCCGUGCCAUUCCUUUGGGUCGUCAAACAUGGAAGUCACUGAUUGGUUCAAGGGCCUCUUUGCAACUCAACUGCAACAAGGAAGGGUUUAAUGCAGGUGGUGACACUGCCAGAUAUUCCAAAGCAAGGAUUGGUAUUGUUGGCAACUUUGAAAACGAAUGCAACUCAUGUAACUCAAGGAUUGGAUUUGGUUCGGAAGGUAGACCUGAUGACUCGAACACUUGCGGAAACGAGGCGAACCCGAGGGGUCCAGAUAAUGGAGAGAAGCAUAUCAAAGCCAUGGGAUAUAUCUUUGUGCAGUGAAAGAAAAAAAACCAUUUAAAAGAUAACAAUAAGUUUAACCCAUGCAAUUUUUGAGGAAUACGUGGU